AUGAAACGUCGUCCUCAAAGUGCUAUUAUAGCUAAAAUUGUUAAAGAUAGAUAGGAAUCAGGCAUUAAUAAGUAAAUAUACAAAUCUAACAGAGUUCAUAAUUGAUCUAUAUAAAAAAAUAAACUCCAUAAUAGGUAGCACCAAAGGAAUAUUUUGAAGAUCAAGAACAAAUGUAUAAUACAAACUUGUAAUUGAAAUAAUAAUGUAAUGAGUUUAAAUUUGAAAAUUCAAAACUUAAAGCUUAAGUAGCUCAAUUAAAAGUAUCGAUUAUAUUUAUAGAAUAGAAAUAAAUUAUUAAGAUAGAGAAAGUAGAUAAAUAUUAGAUAAAUUGUGAUCCUCUUGGAGUAAUUUAAGGAGGUGAGGGAAGUAUAGUACCUAUUUUAAAAGCUAAAGUAAAGGAAUAGCGUAAUUAAAUUGAAGAAUUAUAAACUGAUUUGCAUUAAUAGUAUAAGUCUGUUAAAUUGACAAAAUUAUCAGAAUUAUAAAGAGAAAUUGAGAAUUAAUAAAAUGAAAUUAUGAAACUCAAAUAAGUUAUUUAAUCUGCUCUCAAUAUUACUGAUUAAGAGUAAGUUAUUAUAUAAUUUAUAAAAGUUUGGUGAAUGAUCCAAAUAUAUUUGAAAAGCUAUCAAAAUUUACAAUUACAGUUCAUUAAUAAGAGAAUUCAAUUUAAUAAUUAAUAAAGUAGAAUGAUAAAUUAAAAGUGGAAUAUUAGGAAAUGUCUAAUGAUAACGCUAAAUUACUUGAAGAAAUGAAGCAAUUAAAUUUUGAGAAAAUUAAUUAUAAAAAGUAAUUGGAUGAAUAAACAAUCACAGAGAAUGAAAUGUAUUAAUAAAAGAAAAGAGAAUUUUUGGAAAUGAAAUUAGCGUACUUAUAUUUUAAUUUAUAAUAAAAGUGCUACAUUGAAGUAAUUGGAUACAUUAAAGGGUGAAUUAUCAUUAUAUGAGAAUAAGUCCAAAUUAUUAUAGAAAUAAAUCAAAGAUUAAGAAAAAGAGUUCAAAUAGACAAUAAUGGAAUUAUAGAAAUCAAAAUAAAAUUUAGAAGAUUAAUGCAAUAAAAAAGAUAUAAUAAUGUAAUUUAAAUUCUAUUUUAGAUAAGACUUAAAUGAAAGAAUUAAUAUUUUAGAUUUAUUAAAAUAAAAAAACUCUCCUAAGCCUUCUGAAUCUCCCCUCACUAUGUAACUUAAAAAGUCUUUCUUUCCUCCCACAACUUAUAGAGAUUAAAUGACAUAAUUUCCAGAAAAUUAAACAUAAGAUAUUAAUUAAGAUAUUAAUUGUAAACCUAUUAAUAAGAAUAAAUUGGAAAUUAUAUUUUAAUAAUUAAAAUUCAAAAUUAUUUCUUAGAAAUUAACAAAAGAAAGGAUUCAUUUUACAUUUCAUAACAAAGAAUUCAUAUAAUUAGGAGAUGCUAUUUAAGUAUUUAUGAAUUCACCAUAUAAUUUUUAAAAAUCUGAUUCAAUAAUACUUAGUAGAUAUUUUAUAGGAGAAGAUCAAGGAUUCUCUAAUUCAAUUUAAUGGUAGGAUACAUAAGAAGUUAGAGAAAUAAUUGAUUAAUUUUAUAAUCAUCCUAAAAUUAAAUCUGAAUAUGUAUAUAUAUAUAUAUCUAUUAAAAUAAUAGUUAACAUUUUAGACUAUAUUGAAAUGGAAUUAUUAUUCAAAAGCAACUAAUUAAAAAUUGAUUUAAUGUAAUAUACCAAAUAAAAAAUAUAAUAAAGAUGAUUUUAUUUUAUUAUUGAAAAAUAACUUUCAUUUCACUUAUGAAUAAAUAGAUUAUAUGUUGAUGAUGAAUUAUUUAUAUUCAAAUGAAGUAGAAAAUAUAGAUAUAAAUGCUCUAAAAUAAUUUAUAUAAUAAGAGUGUGAUCUAUAAGCUACACUUCAUAAUUUAACUUAUGUUUGUUAAGAGCCUAUUAGAUAUAUUCCAAAAAAAAUAACAAAAGUUACAUAUUCAGAUGAUGAUGAUUUUAAUUAUCCUGUGGUUGAAAGUAAGAAUUUGAAAUCUAUCUAAAAAUAAAAAGAAGAUUAAAAAAUUGAAAGUAAAUUACCAGAAUUAUCAAAUAAUAUUCAAAAUAUCAUUACAAGUGAACAAUACUUAACAUUUUCAUGUAUUAUAUUUAAUAUACUAAUAUUAGAAUUUAAAAGUAGUGACUAAUAACUAAAAAGUUCUGAAUCUAGAAAGCCUAGUCAUCAUAAUAAUAACAAUAGUGAUAUUUUCUAAUAUAGUUAAUCAAUACUCCCUCUACCUACUUUGAAAAGACCUUCAGAUUUUUAAUAGAAUACAUAAGAUAACUCAAUUUAAUUUAAUAUUACAAAUCAAUUUUAGUCUCCUCAAACUAAUAAGAAAAAGAUGAAUCAAAUUAGUGAAUUUUAUCCUGGAAAAGAGAUUGUUGAUUAAAGAAAUAUUCAAUAUAAUAUUGAUAAUGAUACAUAAAUUACAGAUAUCAAUAAAAAGGAAGAUGAUUAUUAUGAAGAAAUUUUAGAGGAAUAUAUAGAAGAUUUGUGA